AUGCGCCCGGCGGAGCGACUGGCUGGCGUCAAAAGCUACAACACCAACAUCAACAUCAGCACCGGCAACAACAACAACAGCAACAACAACAACAGCAACAACAACAACCACUAUUCCCGCGUCCACCACGACACUCCCAGGCCCACGAACACGCCAGACCGCACGUCGACCAGGCGCAUCAGUAGCAGCGAGACAAGCGGACGGAGGAGGCGGGCCAGCGAGCAUCCGCAUCCCCUGGGUCUCCUGACACGGACAACUAACUGCCAACACCAACGCCUUCAACCGCUUGCGGCUUUCGUCUGCCCGGAACACAUGGCGCGCCAGCGAGCCUCCUCCAAUGCCUCCACGAUCCCCUCGCUGCCGGACCGCACCCAGGAGCUCGGCAGCAUGUAUGAUUAUCUGGCAAAGGUGAUCCUGCUGGGGCCCAGCGGUGCUGGAAAGUCCGUUUCAACCGUUUCUCUUCUUCUUCUUCUCCUGUCUACGAAUGCCCCAUAUCUAAUAUCCACGUCAGGGCGGGUUCUGUCCUCGCAGACAAUCGGCGUCGAGUUCUCUUCCAAGAUAGUCAAGGUUGGGUCGGGGUCGAGAUGGAAGAGGAUAAAGCUCCAGCUGUGGGAUACUGCUGGCACCGAGAGAUUUAGAUCAGUUUCUCGGUCAUACUAUCGAGGAGCUGCUGGGGCCAUUCUCGUCUACGAUGUUGCAUCCCACUCGUCGUUCAGCGCUCUCCCAACCUUCCUUAUGGACGCUCGUGCUCUGGCAUCUCCCAACUUGACAGUGCUGCUGGCUGGAAACAAGAGUGAUCUGGCUGCGGAUUCGGCUUCGAUUGAGGAGUACUGGGACGACCCUCUCCGACCUCCAGCGACCCCGUCCAGCACUUCAAGUAAACAGACGCCGUUUCCCUUUGAUUCUGGUGGAUCUCUUCGCUCAAUAGGCAGCCCUGGAGUGGGAACUAGACUGACGGCAACUGUCUCACCAGAGGGCCGCGAUGUAUCGCUGGAAGAGGCGUCGAGAUGGGCGUCCAAGUCUAAUAUACCUGUUGCAGUUGAAGUGUCUGCUCUGUCUGGGGACAACGUGGACGAACUAUUUAACAGACUGGCCCGAAUAAUCCUCACCAAAAUUGAACUAGGCGAAAUUGACCCUGAUGAUCCCCAAAGCGGUAUCCAAUAUGGUGAUGGUGGCAUAUAUGGAACCAGUGACGGCGGAAGCAUUCGGAGCGGCAUCACAAUUGACGACUCGCUCGCACAACCCCGGAAACGGAAGCCCAGAAGAGGCGCAUGGUCAUCCGGUAUGAGAGAGUGGGAGGAUGUUUUCCGUUCAAAUCCUCCACGCCAGAGGAACGGCAGAUGUUGCUAG